CAGGGGCCGCCGCGCUCAGUCCACCGCCGCCACCUCAGCGGAGCUUGGUCCCGACAGACGCUCACUGCCUGCAGCCCGCCGCCUGGCACUGACGGUCCUGCACGCCCGCCGCCGCCGUCCCCGGCGCUCCCGAGUGUCUAUUAUGCCCACCUGUACAAGAACCAGGAGAUGAUGAGCCAUUAAUGUAAAAUAAGAUCUGGUUCUAAAGAAAGAGGCUCACUGGCCCAUUCAUCAAACUUGAGAGAUGUUGAAAAUUAAACACACGCAGUUCAUCCAUGAGCUCAGAUUUCCCACAUUACAACUUCAGGAUGCCUAAUAUUGGAUUCCAGAAUCUGCCUCUCAACAUAUAUAUUGUGGUUUUUGGCACUGCUAUAUUUGUCUUCAUCCUUAGUUUACUCUUCUGUUGCUACUUGAUUAGGCUAAGACAUCAAGCGCACAAAGAAUUUUAUGCCUACAAACAGGUUAUAUUAAAAGAGAAAGUAAAAGAACUGAAUUUACAUGAGCUCUGUGCAGUGUGUCUAGAAGACUUCAAGCCUAGAGAUGAGUUGGGGAUUUGUCCAUGUAAGCAUGCCUUCCACAGAAAGUGCCUUAUUAAGUGGCUGGAGGUCCGGAAAGUGUGUCCACUGUGCAACAUGCCAGUUCUGCAGUUGGCCCAGUUGCACAGUAAGCAGGACCGUGGACCCCCACAGGGGCCCCUGCCCGGGGCGGAGAACAUUGUAUAGCUCGCCACAUGGAUCAGACUGUUGUGGGAUCCCACGUCUGCGUGGAGGCAGGAGGAACACACGUGGUCUCUGUGUUGGCUGCUCUACCUGGGGCACCAGCCGUUUCCUUUGCCUCAUGAAGAACUCUUGGGCCAGCUAAGCUGAGCACCCAGACUUCUGGGUCUUGUGACAACCAAAGCACGCUGACACUACCCCAUGUCAAGAGAAGAGGAUGAAUGAGCCUGCGGGUCUGGUUCAAGAAACUUCAUGAGAGCCUCUUGCUGACUCCAUUACACGCUGUCUCCCUUGUCAAGGUGAAUCUUUCUCAAGCAGAAGGGAAGAGAAACAGAAGUGUUAGAGAUGGGAACUGAGGGCAGGUCUUUAAAGCCACCCCUCCCCCACCCCAUGGACACGUGAGCUUCUCUGCAGACUGUGCAUGCCUUAGCAGCAGCAAACCCUCCCGGCAGCCCCUGAGCCAAGUAAAACCAGCAGUUACCUCAGCCGAAGCACGACCAGUUGGCGGUGGUUAGUGAGGCAGUGCCAACAAAGCUUUUCACGUUAUGUUCCCUUGAUAAGUCCAUCUUGGAACUUAAGGGCGUUGGUUACAACAGAGCAGCAGUGCCCCCAUCACUGCUUCUCCCUGCUUCACAACACUUGCUUAUCAAAUCAUCUAACCUAAAACCAUUAGAUGUGCUUGGAAAGGCCUGGUCAGAAGCCAUUUCCUCUUAUUCUCCCCACCCCCACUCCCCGCCUCACCAGUGAGGCACAGCCAAGCCACCAGCCUGUCAGGAGCCCCAGCAGGAGGUGGGCCUCUGAGCCCAUGCUGUCCCUGUGUGAUCCAGGGGACUUUGGGGUGCUGCCCAUAUCCCCACAGAGUGGCUCCAGUGUAGCUGCUGGUCUUGGCCCACUGCCUCAGUAGGGAGCCCUGGGAGCCCCUCAGACCGCUGAGAAUGGCCAGUGCUCCUGGCCCCGCUGAGACAAAGGAAGAUGGGAACUCCUGGCCUCUCCUCUCCUUCCUUCCCUGUGUUCUCUCUCUCUUGCCCCAUCUCUGUUUCUACAUCAGAGAAAAUGCCUGUCGUUGACUUUUUAACAAUGUAAAGCAUCCCAGAUAAGAUCCCUAUGUAGUUCUUUAGCCAGGGAUCCACUUGAAAUUGUAAAUAGUUUCAGGAAGCUCCUGCAGGGCUGUUCACUCAUUGGUGUGUGCCUCAGUAUUCAGACUUGGAGAACUAAUUGAAAGUGUCUUUGUAAGAGUGAAAUGCAUGCUACUCUUUGGCUCUUUCUGUCCAACUUUUUUAGAAAUGACUCUGAGUCUGGUAGGAUUCAUGAAGAUUGCAUAGAUUAGCUGUGUGAAACAGCAUUGGGUCAGAAAGAAAGUUCUUUUUCACAGCCCUGUUCUCCACCUCCUUCCAUUACAGGGAUGGGCUUGUUAACAGCGUUGCCUCUGCUCCAUUGCACCAGUGUGAGUGGGGACGUUUGUCAUUGGAAAUAGUCCGCGUGGUGUGGAGAGAGGAUGGGGGAAGCUUUGCUACGCUGUUCAUGGCAUGUCUCUAGGAAUUUUUUCUGGAAUCCAGCCUCUGCCAUCUUAGAAUGGAAGACGGAACCUGUCCUUGGCUCAGGCGGCUGGGGUCAGAUGAUGAGGAAAAUUCCCAUUAGCCUAGAAAAGUGCUGGGCAGAAUCCAGUUUGGAAAAUUACAAAUCCAGUUGGUCAGAAUUGGCUGUUUCUUAUGUGUGACCUAUUCGUGGUAUGCCAACUGGACUGCUUCUUAAACAGGGCAAGGAAAGUGUGGAAUAUUUUUACAUGAAAGCCUGAGCCUGUUUGGUACACAUGAACAGAACUAUUUGUGCACUCCCCCGUUCACCCUCGUUUCUGCGCGCUCUAUUCGUAGCACAAUAGUCGAAUACUGCAAAGCACCCAGUUUACAGUGAAAUGUUUUCAGUGACCAAUGUCAGAAGUAGGCUUGUUUCUGGACUAGCCUCAUUAAUGGCCAACACCCACCCUUUUCCACGGAAUGGCCUUAGGACAAAUGUCAUCUUGUCAUUUUGGUGUUUGAAUAGGAAAGAGAAUUUUUUCCCAACAAAGGUGGAAUGCUUGUGUUCUAUUUUGCAAAUUGCUUUGAUUCAGUCUUUGUAGGAUUACAGCCUUUUUCUGUCCUUUUGUGUCAGUCCCAAGGAGAGUCUCACCGAGUCCCUGUAUUCAUAGGAAGGUAGAUUAAUUCAUUUCACUCUGUGACAGCUAAAGGCAAGUUGAGAUGGUUGGUGCACUGGCCCAGAGGCACAGAGCCCAAAUAAUUUGGCCUGUGGAGGAAAGCUCGUGUGUGCUGUGCAGUCUCCACUGGGCACCAGUGGGUCUGCUGUGCCCCAUGAGGUGCCACUAACAUGAUCUCAACACUUGUGAAUGUGGAAGGCUUUUUAAAAUGCAGCUCUUCCACUGGGGUGGGGCUGGACGCUGGAAUGCUGAGUGCCUGCUCUGCUUAUAGUCAUCUCCCCUUUCUUGGCUUGGUGACCUACUGCUACAUGGCCAGUGUCACUUGGCAGUAGUUCCUGCAACUCAGCAACACAACCUGAAUGCAUUUGCCCCCCACAUCUGGGUCCUCCUCCAGGACUCGUGCUGCACUGCUGUAACUGCAUAUGGCUGGGGUUUCAUUUACGUCUUCCUUCCGUUCUGAUUAAAAUCAGUUUUGUGUGACAGACAAGGUUAUAUUUUCAUCUGGACUUUUUUCUAAAGAAUGAGUCAGGAAUCCCUUAAUACACUUGGCUCAGCUCACGCCUCACAGUGAGGCUGCCCUGUCCACCUCUAGCUCCAAGAGUUGUCAGUGACCUUUUGUUAAUCUGUAGACAUGUGGGGACUCUGAUCUGCUCUUGGGCCACUGGCUAUGACAUGGUGAUUUUUUUACUUUGUCUUAAUGCAUCUUAAGCAGCUCCAAGACUGGGUGUUACUUGUGUGCCAUGGGUUAGUGGAGUAGAACUCAACCCCAACUGGAUUCCCCUGGUGGCUGAAUCAUUAUCUAGUUGCUGCCAGGGGCACAACUGAAUUCAGCUGGCUUUAGAAAUGGAACAGAUCCAGCCUGGCUUGAGUCUUGGUUGUCAUCUGUCACUCUUUGCCACAGUGUGAUUUGGUUAGGCCUGUCCCUGGAAGGGAGAAGGUGGCCCAUAGGGAAAUCUGGGCUGAGGGGUACAGGGACCUCCCACCGUUGCCAGAUAGCCUGUUCUUCACAUCUUGACAAAUUGAUAAAUGCAGAGAGCCUUUUCCCCAAUGUCAAGCUCCCAGGAUCCAUCAGAGAAAUGGCCUCAGGCCCUGUCCCUUUCCACAGCCUCCAAAGCCUGUUAUCUCCACGACCUGAUUCCACUCUGCUAAGCUACUCAUGACCAUUGUGAUUACUUUUCUGAGAGGCUUUCUGGGAAUUAUGAAAUGCACACUGGGAAGCAUCCCCAGAGUUCUGGACAGGAAGUGCUUAAAGGGAUUUGCACCACCCCCCUUUGCCAUUCACAGCCAUGUGCCUUUCUGCCAGUUAGCCUCAGUCUGUCUCCUGAUCUGCCACCCAGGGAUUGUAAUGGUGUCCUUACUGGCUCUUGCGAGGCUUCACCAUGUCCAGAGCCUGGCAGGCAAGUGACAGGCCUGGGGGUCGUGGUCACGUAGGGCUCCUCUGCUGUCCCAGGUCUGCUGGUUCCCUCUUCCCCAUCUUCUCUACUUACCUCCAUCUGCAUUUGCCCACAAUGCUCCCCAUUUGUUGUUCACUGAACAUGUCUUUUAAAUAGGUAAUCUCAUCACAUGGUUCACAAAUCAGUCCUUUCAUCCCUGACCUGCAGCAAGCCCAGCUUCUCACCCCUUGAGCACCCACUUUUGUCCCUUGUGUAUCCUUCCAGAGGUCAUUUAUGCAUGUACAAGCAAAUACACACACGUGUGUGUAUGUAAUUUUUUAACUCACGUGGUACUAGAGAACUGUCUUCGUGGAGUAUUCCUACUCAUGUGGGAAGAGCAAUACCAGAAGUCAGGAUAUCUGUAAAAGGUGAGCCCAGAACUGGGGGAUGACUUUGCAAUCACAUUCCUUUUGAAUAAGGAAGGUUUAUUGAUUGCAGCACACUGGAACUGAUUUUGUAUACAAAUAAGAAACGGCAGUUCCCCCCCUUACCACAGAUGUCCAGAUAACGCAGCACAACCUAUUUCGACUCUUACUGAUUUGACAGGACAUUCAAGAGCAGGCUCUGUAGCUAAGAACAGCAGUGCGGGCCUCGUCCAGGUCCAGCAGCCUUUGCAGUGGCCUGGACAAGCUGCCCUCCACCCCCACCUUGGCCGGUUCCAGGUGAAGCCCGUCCAGCGGUGACGUCUGGUGACAAGUCUUACUUUCUUAGGUGAGCUCACGUUUUUGAGACAGGAGUUUGAGCAGCAGCAGCAACUGACUGCUGAGACAUCAAUCUUGGGCAGAUGUCUCAGAUGUUGCUAAGCAAGUAGUUGGCCAGUCUCAGAAUUAACGAAAGAUGUUCAUGGAUCUGGCUCCCUUCCCCCCCCCCCCUUGCACACAAAGAAAAUGCUAUCCACAGAAUGGCUUGUUUUUUCUUAGCUGAGCGAUCCCGCCACCUGUUGGCAGCUCAGCUCGGGCCGGGACUCGAACUGCUGUUGCUCAGAGCUCGCACUCUUGAGCGAGCUCUUAACCAGCUGAGCCACUCAGCCGGCCCUCCACAGAAUGUUCUUGAAGCCAACACUUUCUCCAUUUUAUGACCUAAAUCACCCCAUCUUUAAAAGAUACUUUGAGUUCAUUUUUGGCCCCAGAUUAAAGCUGCUUCCUUCCGGCAGCCCUGGGGAGUGUGGUAUCGACUCAUGCCUCUCUGUCGUCACCCACCUGCCCAGUGUCCUGCCACCCAGAGCAACAGCCUAUGGUUUCCUCAGGAUUCUGAGUACAACUUGAGCCCCUGACCUGAAACUUGAAUAGGAAUUAUAUGUGCAACUCCCAUCUGUCACUUAAAUCUCUGGCCCUGAGUUUAGUGUCUUUCAUGUUAGCUGUUACGAAUUUCAGUGAAGAUGAACAUGUCUAAAUUCACGAUGGAACAAUACAGGUGAAAUUUGGAGUUAACUAGCAAAUGCUGGGCCAUGGUUCUUAAACAGAUAAGAUUAAUGUACUUCCAUUUGAGUGUCAGGAGAAAAAGAGGCUUGUUAGAUCAUCUGUCAUUUUUCCAGUUGUUUUAGAGGCCAAAUUGUUCCAGUUUUACUCCACUUUUAGACCAAGAAUCAGCACUCUCUGCUUACCAAUCCAGUGCUCACUUCUGUGGUUACGGGGUCAGGGAGAACCCCCUGCCUGCUCCAGGGACAUGGACCUAGAAAGUGGGCCCCACCAGUGUCAAGGGACUCAUUUGUCCUUUGAUGAAGCUCCUUUCAGCUCUGUGCCAGGACAAGCCCGGAGGAUCUGCGCCUUGGGCCAGCUGCACGCCAUCCCCGUCUGCCCCUCCCUUCCCCUCCCAGGCUCCACUAGAGCCAGUAGGCAGGUGGGGCCAGUGUUACCAAGUCCCUCCUGGUGACCUGUCUUCCAAGAUAGUUUUCCUGAUAACUUUGUCUCUGGGUCUCUUGACAGGAAGAGGGGUAGUUUAGUCUUGUAGUUUAGCCCAUUGGGGUUCCUUCUCUAGAUAUUAUAUAACCCCUUCAAAAAAAGGUUUAUGAAAUGCUGAGCCUCAGGUUUCAUAGACGUGUUUGUACACUAAGAAUUCUGCAGCAGAAUAUUUUUAAACAUUCGCAGUUUUUUGUAAGCUAUAUUUUUGUAUAUUUAAUUGCUAUUUUAAAAUUUUA